ACAACAAAACAUGAACAAAAAGCAAGGUUAUUCAAACGUCAUAAACGAUAAAAAAAUGCACUAAACGAGUGGGGUUCGAGUUUAAAAGGCUUUGCGCUGCUAAAAUCUUCAACGUUAAAUUUGUGAUUUCACGAAAUACUCGAUAAUAAUGCAAGAAAAAUUGACGAUAAACCCGAAAUAUUUACCAAUUUCCUUCAACGAUGAAUUAAAAAGGAAAAACAACAAAAACACUUUUAUCACAAUAAUUUUAGGGUUGAUAUUAACGAUUUUGGUCUCAAUCUUAAUCGCAAUUUACAUUUUCAUCAUUUCCCCAGCUUUAAGUUAUCAUUCUUGUUAUAAUUUUGGAUGUUUUAAUCCCCACCGAGCUGAGUUAUAUGCAAAAGUACCUGAAGAUAAUAUCACAAUACCCAAAAUACUUAUCAAAAAAUUGGAUUUAAAAAGAGAUAAUUUCAGAUUAGUUUGUUAUUAUAACCUUCCAGCUGAUGAGCAUUCAAAUGAGCUUCAAAUAAACGAUUUAGACCCAAAUUUAUGCACACAUUUAAAUGUUGGAUUUGCAUCCAUAGAGAAUAACACAAUUAAUUUUACAAAAACAAAUAUAGAAAUGACUCAAAGAAUUAUUAAUGAUUUGAAAGGUGUUAAUAAAGAUUUGAAAGUUUUAUUGAGUAUUGGUGGAAGUGGUUCUUCGGGGUUUAAUGAAAUGGUUAAAAAUCAUACUACAAGGAAAAUUUUCAUUCAAUCGACUUUGAAUUAUAUUAAAAGUUAUAAACUCGAUGGGAUCGAUUUAGAUUGGGAAUUUCCCAAUGAAAUUGGAAUAAAUGUAAAGGAGAGAACGCAUUUUAGCCAAUUGCUUCAUGAAAUUCGCAAAGAAAUUGACCGGCAAAAGAAACACAAAUUUUUGUUGACUUUGGCGGUUGCUGCUCCGUAUUUUGUGGCUUUAAACGCUUAUGAUAUUGGUUUUAUUAAUGAUCAGGUUGAUUUUGUGAAUGUGAUGACGUAUGAUUUUCAUUUUUAUACCAAAUUUACGCCGUUUACCGGAAUUAAUUCGCCACUUUACUCUUUGCCACAUGAUGUGGGGAUUUUUGGGACUUUAAAUAUUAAUUAUUCGAUUAAUUUUUGGGUUAGUCAAGGUAUGGAUAAAGAUAAAGUGGUUGUUGGGUUGCCUACUUAUGGACACACUUAUAAGUUAAUUAAUCAACGUAAUAACGGAAUAAGUGCUCCAGCGAUUGGUUACGGUGAAACUGGUAACAACGGCUUUUUAGAUUACAGCCAAGUUUGCGAGUUUAUGUACAAAAAUAAAGUCAUACCUAAUUUUGAUGAAGUCUCAAAGAGUCCGUACGCCACCUCAGGGUAUGAAUGGAUUUCGUUUGAUGAUACGAAAAGUUUAACCUAUAAAGCCGAAUUUAUUAAAAAUAACAAUUUUGGGGGCGCAAUGAUUUAUUGCUUGAACUCGGACGAUUACAAAAACGUUUGUAACGCUCCGUUUUAUGGAAACAAAACGAAAUUUCCUUUAGUACAAACAAUAAGGGAUGUUUUGAUUAAUCCCGAAUAUUAAACUGAGUAUUAUUUUAUUGAUUCAUUCCAUUUUUGUUAAGUAUUUUUUUCAUUUUUAACUCACAGAAGUGCCAUAAUCGUAAUCAUAUUAAUCAUAAUCCAUUAAAUGAAAGAUACUCACCUAUUAUUAAGUUACCAUUCUAUGUAGUAUUAUAAAGACGUAUUAUUUCGUUGAAAUAUUUGCCAAAUUUUAAAAUGAUUUAGAUAAAUAUAUUAAUUUAUUAAAAAA